GAGAUCCAUUGGUAGUGGCUGGAAUUUGACAGGAGUAGCCAUGGCUUUGGACAAGAAACUGUGUUGUUUUGGUGUUGCGUUUAUGUUGCUUUGGCUGGGCACUAUUUGCAGUGCCCAGUAUCUGAAAACCAAAGGACAACAACAGCAAUGGACACUGCCACAAGGGACAACCCUAGGAGCAUCAACACAAUGGUCUGGGUUCCAAGGGGCAAGCCUAGGAGCAUCAACACAAUGGUCUGGGUUCCAAAAAACAAGUUAUCCACCACAAAAGACACCACAGGCGAUAGCUCAGAUGCCUCAGUGGCCACCACAAAAGACACCACAGGUGGGAGCUCAGAUGCCUCAGUGGCCACCACAAAAGACACCACAGGUGAUAGCUCAGAUGCCUCAGUGGCCACCAAAAAAGACACAGCAGGUGGUAGCUCAGGUGCCUCAGAGGACACCAAAAAAGACACAGCAGGUGGUAGCUCAGGUGCCUCAGAGGACACCAGUUGAACAGGUUCCAUACACGCCACCUCAAAAAACCAAAACCCAGGACCCUAUAGAUCCAGUCCAGACGUGCAGUGUAGACGAUUUUGCCAGAGUAUCAUGUGGUGGAGUCGAUACCACUGCUGCAGAGUGUCAGGCUAUGGAAUGCUGCUUUGAUGGUGUUCAAUGCUUCUAUGGGAGAACCGUGACUCUGCACUGCACCAGGGAUGCCCAGGUGAUCCUUGUGAUCUCCACAGACGUCACCCUGCCUCGCCUGAGUCUGGAAACCGUCAAACUCCUGGGUGGAGCUGAUGAUCCUAUGUGCUCCCCUGUGGAAUCCAACUCUGCCUUUGCCGUUUACCAGUUCCCUGCAACUGCCUGUGGUACCACCAUGAGGGAAGAGGACGGGUAUGUGAUCUACGAGAACCAAAUGGCCUCCUCUUAUGAAGUCGGCACCGGACCCCUGGGCUCCAUCACAAGAGACAGUCAAUAUGAGCUUGCUUUCCAGUGUCGUUACCGUGGUGAAACAGUGCUGGCAUUGGUGUCAGCUGGUGGUGGCAUUGAAGUCUUGGUCGUCCCUCCACCUAAUCCAGUGGCUGCGGCAGGACUUUUUAGAGUGGAGCUCAGAUUGGGGAAUGGCCAAUGUACCACAAAAGGAUGUGCGGAAGAGAAUGUGGCAUACACAUCAUACUACGGCCCAGGUGACUACCCAGUCACUAAAGUCCUGCGAGACCCAGUCUAUGCUGAAGUGCGCUUUCUGGACAGGACAGAUCCAAAUAUCUUUCUGACCCUGGGUCGUUGCUGGAUGACUACCACUACCAAUCCCUACAGCCUGCCUCAGUGGGACGUUCUGGUUGAUGGGUGCCCCUACAUGGAUGAUCUUUACCGGACCACCUUGCUUUCAAUCUCUCCAGAUGUUCAGUUCCCCACCCACUACAGGCGUUUCAUGCUAAAAAUGUUCACGUUUGUGGAUCCACAAUCCCUUGCCGCCAUGCAAGAAACGGUGUUCCUUCACUGUAAAACAUUUGUGUGCAAGCCCUCAGCGGGAGACUCUUGUGAGCCAAAUUGCAGUAUGAGCACGCCGCAGCAGGGGAAGCGAUUCAAGAGGGAUGUUUCUGCAGCACAGCAGGAGGAGACCGUUGUUGUUUCGAGCGGAGCAGUGAUCAUUAGAGGCUAAAUUUCAGCUCCCCUUCCCCAAAGAAAACAUUCAACCACCUAUACUCAAAGUUUUUCUUCUUGGAGGAUAUGCAUUCAUCGGAGAAUUGGGGACUGCAGAUUCAUGAGUUACACCAAUUGAAAAAUAAAUAAAAGUUUCACUCUAUGCAAAAAA